AUGGAGCGGCAAUCCUUGUCAAUCACACGGAAGGUGAGACUGUUAGUGUUGUUGGCACUGAUUUUGGGAGCUGCUGUCCGUGCAGAACGCGUCAAUAAGUCGGCGUCGAUUUGGUCCAUCGGAAAGGAGGAAGGAGAUCUCUUGGGAUUGAAAGCUUACGAAUCCGAUGAUGAUUCGAGGAACGACGAGGAACGUCAUUCGCAUUUGGACGGCGGCUUCUCUUCCCUGGACGGGAUGUUACAGUGGGCUAUUGGUCAUUCAGAUCCAGCAAAGUUAGAGGAAGCUGCACUAGGUAUCCAAAACCUGUCCCCUGAAGAGCUGAUGCAACGCCAGGUGGAAAUAAAGGAAUUGAUGGAGAAAUUAAAGACGCCAUCAGAUGCACAAUUGAUGAAAAUUGCAAUAGAUGAUUUGAAUAACUCAUCCAUACCUUUCGAGGAUCGGCACCGUGCACUUCAGGAGCUUCUGGUACUUGUUGAGCCUAUCGAUAAUGCAAAUGAUCUUCACAAACUGGGGGGACUCACUGUGGUCAUAAGGGAACUUAACAAUGCAAACCCAGAAAUAAGAACUAUUUCUGCUUGGAUUCUAGGCAAAGCCAGCCAAAACAAUCCUCUUGUUCAGAACCAGAUAUUGACGCUUGGAACACUGGCAAAGUUAAUAGAGAUGGUGCACUCUGAUUCCACUGAGGAAGCCACAAAAGCAUUAUAUGCUGUUUCAGCAUUGAUCAGAAAUAAUGUGGAAGGGCAAAGGUUAUUCUAUUUGGAAGCUGGAGACAUGAUGCUUCAGAACAUUCUAAGUAACUCAAGCAUCGAUAUCAGACUACGCCGGAAAUCCGUUUUUCUCUUGGCUGAUCUGGUUGAGUGUCAACUGGACAGUGGGAGUAACACAGAACUGACUUUCUUCAGCAAUCAUUCCUUGUUAAAAUCUGUGGUUGAUCUACUGGCAUCACAUGACCUUGAUCUCCAGGAAAAGGCUCUACAUGCUGUUAAGAAUUUAUUGCUGCUGAGAUCCAUUGAUGCUCUAGUCUGGAAGGAUGUGUGUGAAUUGGAUGCAGCACUUGGGAGGUUAAGGGAACGGUUGCAGGAAUUGAUUCGUGUUGAUACAUUUAAAGAGUAUGCUCUGGAUUUAGAAAUUCUUCGUAGAGAAGUUGAGCUCCUUUUCAUUGGAAAGCUGGAGCAGGUGAAAGCAUUUGCUACAUGA